AUGAAGAACAAUUCAUGUUGUUCAUUCUAUGGCUUUCAGAUGGAACUCCACCAGGUGGCGCUGCUCACCAUAAAAAAAACAAACUCCAAAAUUAGCUUAGUUAAUGUUAGCUUGACAGAGGAGACAGCUGUAGAUAUUGAAAAUAGUUCAUUGCUAGAUUCAUCAGUGAACAGUUUACCUGCCACUUCAAAAAAGGAUUAUACUUUACUUGAAGAAUACGAAGAAAUUAUUUCUACAUUAAAAUUAAGGUUAGCUUCAGCUGAUGAAGAGAUUGAAAAUUUGAAUUUACAAUAUAUACAAUUAAAGAUGAGUGUUGAAAAAUCAUCAAAAGUGAUAGCAUUGUAUAAGAAGAUUGGCAUUACGGAAAACUUGUUGAAUGCUGUUUCUACUCCGGUUAUACGAAAGGUUAAAAAAGUAUUUUCCGGUGUAUAUCCAGUAUCACCUAGGCACAGCAUUCCAGAAACAAAUGAAAUUUCAACACAAACAACAGGAAUUUCUAUGACGAAACAUCUUGGAAAGCCUUUCUCAUUUAAAACAUGUAAACAACAAAUCAAAAAGCGACGAAGAAAAAUAAAUUAUUUAACUCAUAAAAUUUCGAUAUUAAAAACUCAAAAUAAAAAACUUAUGAAUAAACUGGAAACCAUACAGACAGAAAAUGGGUCGUAUGAUGAUAUCAACACCGAUAUAAACAACCAGUUCUCUAGAACAUUCACUAAAGAGUCGCUCACGGAUGACACUAUGCUGAACGAAAGUACUGACCAAUCAAUAAUAAGAAAAAAUGAGAUGAAAAAAAUGGAAUUUACCGCCUUAACUGGCACAAAUGAAACUAAACGCAAAGUAAUUGUUCUUGCAGAUCAACAGGGUCGCGGGAUUCGGAAAGUCCUUGCCCAGCUUCUGGGAGAUAAAUAUGAUGUAUUUUGCUUCGUGAAACCUUUUGGCGAACUCUCUGAUAUAUUGAACUCAUGUAUGACUGAAAUAUCAAACCUGACAAUGAAUGAUUUUGUGAUUGUGAUAGGUUUCACAGAGGAUAAUAGUGUUUCGCCUAUCUGUAAUCAAUUAGUACUAUGGAUUGAAUCUUACCAAAACACUAAUAUAUUAAUAUGUGAGCCCUUAUUUAAUAGAUGUAUUAAAGAAAAAAAAUUAAAUAAUGAAAUAUCUAAAAUAUGUGACAACUAUUUAAACGCCUCAUGGAUGGACUUGUAG